AUGUCUUCAAAAGGUGUGAUUCUGGUCGGUGGCAGCUCGGUUGGAACCCGAUUUCGGCCACUGUCUAUGGACUGUCCCAAACCUCUCUUCCCUGUCGCUGGCGUCCCUAUGAUUUACCAUCAUGUCGCAGCUCUGGCAAAGUUGCCAUCCAUCAAGGAAAUCCUACUCGUCGGCUUCUUUGACAACUCGGUGUUUGACAGAUUCCUCACUGAGGUACAGAUGGAAUUCUACAAUAUCUCCAUACGGUACUUACGAGAAUACCAGUCGUUGGGUACUGGAGGUGGAAUCUAUCACUUUCGAGAUGAAAUCAUGAGAGGAAACCCAGACCACAUCUUUGUAAUGAAUGCUGAUAUAUGCUCGAGCUUCCCUCUGCAACAGAUGCUCGACUUUUCAACAAAGAUACCCAGUGCUGUAGCAACAGUGCUUGGAAUCAAAGUAGAUAGGUCUACAGUCCGCAAAUAUGGUUGUCUGGUAGUAGAUCCAGCCACAAACGAAGUCAACCACUUCGUAGAAAAGCCUGAAACAUAUAUAUCCGACUUGAUCUCGUGUGGUCUCUAUCUCUUCUCAAAGGACAUCUUUGACAUUAUCCGAGAUGCCAUCAUCCAUAGGCAAGCCGCUGCUCGAGAAGCCGGUGAAACAGAAGAAAACGCUACCGUCCCUCGUCAACUAUCUACAUCUGCCAGCUCAACCUCAUUGGCAAACAUGUCCACCUCAAAGGGACUAGAUGAACGAAUCCGUCUCGAACAAGAUGUAUUAGCUCCCUUGGCAGGCCAGGGCAAACUCUUUGCAUAUAUCGGAUCAGCUCCAGACGACUUUUGGAUGCAAAUUAAAACAGGGUCAUCUGCAAUCCCAGCCAAUAAAGCAUAUCUCCAACACUUUAGAUCCCAUCAACCACGACGCUUGUCAACUAGCACUCGAUCGUCCGCCGCUGUACCUUCAUUAGCCGCUGUAAACGGCGCUCCACCACCAGAACCCGAAAUCAUUCAACCAGUAUACAUUCAUCCUACUGCCAUGAUCCACCCAACUGCCAAAGUCGGUCCCAACGUAUCUAUCGGACCCCGUGUAUUGAUUGGUCGUGGUGUCCGUAUCCGAGACUCUAUAAUCUUGGACUCGUCAGAAAUUCGUAAUGAUGCUGCUGUUAUACAUUCUAUUGUCGGAUGGGACUCGAAAGUGGGUGCUUGGGCACGUGUAGAGGGACAACCUGGUGAUGCUCAUGCUGUAAAUGCUACUCUAAAGGGCACAAAGAUUCCUUCUGCUACCAUCCUAGGUAAAGAUGUGACCGUGGCUGAUGAAGUGGUUAUUAGGAACUGUAUCGUGCUACCACAUAAAGAACUGAAGAGUAGCUUCCAUAAUGAAAUCUUAAUGUAA